GGACUAUGCAUCCCUGGCUGAUUCCAUUCAAUGCAAGUCAUCAGAGUAAGUCCAGUAAAUUGCGGUAAUGCACCUAUAAACUGGUUUGCCAACCGCCAAUAAACACCAAAGAAGAAGCAGAAGAAGCAGCAGCGUUGGUGUUGGCUGCUCCAGGCUCCCGUACAGCAGAUGGCAGUCUGCCCCUCAGUGAUCUGUUGUGUUGCGACCCAUUCACAGCACGAAGAGGACUUCAUGACAUAAUAUUGACAGUGAGGACUGACUGAGGAGAGUGGAGGGAGCACUGACAGAUCUGAUGCUGGCAGGACAGACCUGAGAGGAGUUUUUUUACAUUAUGGAGGCUGUAGUUGACUUCCUAAAUGUAUUCCACAUCAACACCAGUGGAUUGUCCUGGACACUCAGCCUCUUCCUCAUCUUCCUGGGUCUUCUCUACUGGUAUUCAGUUCGCCCCUUUUCGGUCCUUUCUCGAUGUGGCAUCAAACACCCAAAGCCAAUACCUUUCUUUGGAAACAUAUUCAUGUUUCGCCAGGGUUUUUUCAACCCUCUCAAUGAUCUCAUAAAGACACAUGGCAGAGUUUGUGGGUAUUAUUUGGGCCGGAAACCGGUGGUGGUGAUAGCGGACCCUGACAUGCUCAGACAAGUGAUGGUCAGGGACUUCAGCAGCUUCACAAACAGAAUGACUAUUCGCUUUGCCACCAAGCCCAUGACUGACUGUCUGCUCAUGCUGAGGAAUGAACGCUGGAAGAGAGUGCGGAGCAUCCUGACCCCGUCAUUCAGUGCUGCCAAGAUGAAAGAGAUGGUUCCGCUCAUCAACACAUCCACCGAUGCCCUGAUGACCAACUUGGAUGUCUCCGCUGAGUCAGGAGAGGCCUUUGACAUCCACAAGUGUUUUGGCUGCUUCACCAUGGACGUUAUUGCCAGCGUGGCAUUUGCAACUCAGGUGGACACUCAGAACAACCCAGAUGACCCGUUUGUCCGCCAUGCGCAGGCGUUCUUCAAGUUUUCUUUCUUCAGGCCCAUCGUGCUGUUUUCCAUUGCUUUUCCACUCAUCUUCGUUCCUCUGGCUGGACUCAUCCCCAACAAAAGACGAGAUCAGAUGAAUCACUUCUUCAUCAACAGCAUUCAGAAGAUCAUCAAGCAGAGAGAGGAGCAGCCGCCUGAACAGAAGCGUCGAGACUUCCUUCAGCUGAUGUUGGAUGCACGAACCAGCAAGGAGUGCGUGUCUUUGGAACACUUUGACACAGCGAACCACGCCGGUGAGCCGGAUCAUCACAGGAACCAGCAGACACAACCGUCGUCCUCUGAUCCGGACGACCGUCCUCUCCCACAGGAGCCCCCCUCCAGGCGUCAACAGAAAAAGAUGAUAACCGAGGAUGAGAUCGUGGGCCAGGCAUUUGUUUUCAUUCUGGCGGGCUACGAAACCAGCAGCAACACGUUGGCCUUCACCAGCUACCUCCUGGCCAUCCACCCGGAAUGCCAAUGCAAAGUACAGGAAGAGGUGGAUGAUUUCUUCACCAGACAUGAGUCACCAGAUUACACAAAUGUCCAGGAGCUGAAGUAUUUAGACAUGGUUAUAAGUGAAGCAUUGCGCCUCUACCCUCCUGCAUUCAGGUUUGCGAGAGACAUCGACCAGGACUGUGUGGUGAACGGCCAGUCCCUCCCUAAAGGAGCGACGCUGGAGAUCCCAGCAGGCUUCCUCCACCAAGACCCAGAGCAUUGGCCAGAGCCGGAGAGGUUCAUCCCUGAGCGAUUCACACCAGAGGCCAAGGCCAGUCGACAUCCAUUCGUAUACCUGCCGUUCGGGGCCGGUCCCCGUAACUGCGUGGGAAUGAGGCUCGCCCAGCUGGAAAUCAAAAUGGCUCUAGUGCGUCUGUUCCGCAGGUUCAGCAUCGUGGCGUGCUCGGAGACCAAGGUUCCUCUCGAGUUAAAGUCGGCAAGCACUCUGGGACCUAAAAACGGCAUAUUUGUGAAAAUUCAAAGAAGAGACCUGGGGGAAGGUCGAGUGAAUUCUCCACCAGACGAUUAGAAACUCACCGUUCAUCAUCAUCAUCAUGAAUGGUUGAGCAAUCCUAUGAACAGUUACAAAUCAUUCUGCAGGUCCAUGUUGUGACACUGUUGCACUGCGUCAGUGUUAAGGUGUUCCUUUCGCUCGUCUUGCACUUCUAUUCUUGGCGAGUGAACUAGAAAGUGGACUGAAGAUGAGACGUGAUUUAAGAGAGAGGACGUAAUAAAUGAAUGAAAAGUGUGCCUCUUACCUCAAUAUGUAGCAAUAUUGCUUUAUUAAAUAGAUGUUGAACAGGCUACAACAUUGCUGCCUGUCAGGAAAAGGCUAUUUAGGGAAAGUUGUUUUGUGAACAACGGUUUUAAUUUCACUUUAUCCAGGUUACAUUUUGCAUUGUGGAAUUAGGAUUCUUAUAUUGAUUUGUAAGUGCAUUUAAAUAUUUAAACUUCUUCACAAGUUAAAUCAAUAAACAGAAAUUGUAUCUUGUGUGCAGUAAAAUAUAACAAUAAUGAUGUGACCCUAUAGAACAGAAUGUUACUGGAUCAAAUCUGUCACCUGAACCUGGACGUUUGCACAUUCCUUAAUCAAACGGGCAUUUAACUGAGCUGCUCACUUUACUACUGAUUCCUCACAUGAAUGGUGGUUAAGUAACUAUAUAAUUAACCACCAAACAGUCACAGAUAGCCAAGGUCUACAUAGACAGAGGUCCAGAUUUGGCUACUACUGAUUAUAUUUGAUGAUACUGAAGGAUUUGUUUCACGUCUAUUAAUCUCCUCAAAUAAAAGCUGCUAUUUGAAAGUGAAA